GGUCGAGCGCGUGGACCGCAAGCGUCUGGAGGAUGAGUAUGACUCUCUGAUUCGGGGCCUCCGUGCUACGGAUGACAACCCGGUGGUGGCCACAUCGCGGGACUUCACCCUGACGAACGAUGCUCCCGGUGUGGGUGUAACCCCGGCCCCGACCCUGGCGGCGGAUGUGCCCUCCGGCCCGAUGCCGGGGAAUAUCCGCAAGGCUCGCCACUUCCUCGGAACACUGCUGCGUCUUCUGGAGUACCUGAAGACUCGGCUGGUUUUGUCUGAUGUGCUGAUCGAGACACCAGGCCAGUUUAUCGAAACCCUGACGAGCAGCAUCCGCACCGAGCGCCGGUCCCUGCGGUUCGUCCACUCGCGUCUCACAUCGUUGAUUCGCGCGCUCGAGAUGCCAGUCUCGCAUAGUGGGGCCAUUGCCCACUUGGAGCGGGUGGCUUCCUUUGCCACGCUGGCGGCCACCUACGAAUCGGGCUUUUCGCUUGUCUUUGAACCGGGGGGCUUCAUGCUCGGUGGUUCGGCGGCCCUUCUCCGGCGGACGGGCGGGGCCACGGCAAACUCCGUGUUUGCCGGACUGCCUGGGAUGCCGCCGACUGGCGCGGCCGCGCAUGACAACCGCGCUCCAGGGUGGGACACGGUUCUGCACUUCUCCUGCCUUGACCCAUCGAUUGCGAUGCAGCCAAUUUUCCGCCGCUUCUCCAGUGUGAUUCUCACGUCCGGCACCCUCACGCCUCUGGGAAUGUACGAGUCGAUUCUCGGCUUCCGGGCGGUGGUGACCGACAGCUUCGGGGCCACCCUGCCGCGAGAGUGCUUCCUCCCGAUGGUUGUCACUCGUGGCAGCGAUCAGUUGACGGUGUCGACGCAGCACAGCAAGCGUCACGAUCGGGCGGUGAUUGCCAACUUUGGCAAGCUGCUGCUGGACAUCGCGCGCUGUGUGCCCGACGGCAUUGCGGCCUUCUUCCCUUCGUACGGCUACAUGGAGCAUGUGCUGUCCGAGUGGAAUCGUCAUGACGUCCUUGGUGCCUUGCUGGCCACUACAAAGCUGAUUUUCGUGGAGACGCCCUGUCCGGCGGAAACGGCCCAGGCACUUGCGAACUAUCGCUUGGCGUGUGACAAUGGCCGAGGGGCCAUUCUGCUGGCGGUCGCCCGUGGCAAGGUGUCCGAGGGCAUUGACCUGGACAAUCAUUAUGGACGGGCGGUCAUUGUGUUUGGCGUGCCCUUCCUCCACACGGAGAGCCCGGUGACCAAGGAGCGCCUGGCCUUCCUGCGCCAGGAACGACAGAUUUCCGAACGCGAGUUCCUCACCUUCGACGCCGUGCGUCAGGCGGCCCAGUGUGUGGGUCGAGCCAUCCGCGGCAAGACUGACUACGGGCUGAUGAUCUUCGCGGACUAUCGAUACGAUGAUGAUAAGCGCCGGCGUCUGCCUCGUUGGAUCAACAGCGCCUUCCACCGGGACUCGGUCAAUAUGUCCACAGACAUGGCGGUCACCAUGGCUAAGCGCUUUGUCCGGGCGAUGGCUCAGCCGUAUGAUCGGGGCGAUCUCUGGCUUGCGGGCGAGGCGUCGGUAGUCUCCAAACUGACCUUCCUCUUUCCAUGUUUCCCCCCUUGUUUCCUGCGGUCCUCGCCGGAAAAGAACACGGAGGUCGAGAAGUCCCUCUGGACCGGGCAGAAGGCGCAGGCCUUCUUCUCUUCAAACAGCCAGCCCGGCAGCCAAGCCUCUCGGUUGAAGGGGGCGUCGAGUGCAUCUUCCGACCAGCAGCAGUCCUCCCGGAAGCGGCCUCACUCAAGCAUUGCCGCCGAGCAGUAG